CUGCACGUAGCGCUGAAGUGCGCGAGGCUCCGCGAGUGGAGACACACAGAGAGAGAAACGGGGACAGAGGCAGACAGAGGAGCUGAGGUCUGUGCUGCAGAAUGAGUGCAUUGGCGUUGCUCCUCCUCCUCCUGGUGGUGGACGCUCAGCUGCUAUCGGAGAUGUACGGCAGCCUGCAGUCUCCAAACUUCCCGGAGCCGUAUCCGCGGGAGGCGGAGCUUUGCUGGAACAUAAGCAUCCCCGCCGGCUUCUUGGUGAAACUGUACUUCAGCCACUUCGAUCUGGAGCCGUCGUACAUGUGUGAGUACGACUACGUCAAGGUGGAGGCGGAGGGGGAGGUGCUGGCGUUGUUCUGUGGGCGGGAGGAGACGGACACGGAGACGGUGCCGGCUCAGCAGGUCAUCACGUCGCCCAGGAACUCCCUCAGCGUCAUCUUCCGCUCCGACUUCUCCAACGAGGAGCGAUACUCUGGAUUCAUGGCUCACUACAGCGCUGUGGACAUGGACGAGUGCAGCGAGCACAGUGAUGAAGACCUCCUCUGUGAUCACUUCUGCCAUAACUACAUCGGAGGAUACUACUGCUCCUGUCGCUAUGGUUACCUGCUUCACUCUGACAACCGCACCUGCAGAGUGGACUGCAGUGACGGUGUGUUCAGGGAACGCUCCGGCAUUCUGAGCAGCGUAGAUUUCCCAUCUCCGUACCCGAAGAGCUCAGAGUGUUUGUACCGCAUUGAGGUGGAGCCAGGCUUCAGGCUCCGCCUCCAGUUCGACCCUGUCUUUGACGUGGAGGACCACCCCGAUGUCAACUGCCCCUACGACCAUGUCAAGAUUACAGCCGGAGGCCGUCACUUCGGUCCGUUUUGCGGAGAUCGUUCUCCAGGUGAGAUCCAGACCGAAAGCAACACCGUCACCGUCGUCUUCCACAGCGACAACUCCGGAGAGAACCUGGGCUGGAGGAUCACAUACACGUCUAUAGGAAGUACGUGUCCUGCACCUGAAGUCCCGCCCAACGCUGUGCUGACCCCCGUCCAAUCAGAAUAUUCCUUCAGAGACCACAUCCUCUUCACCUGUUCACCUGGAUACACACUGCUGAAGGACGGAGAGACUCUGGAUCAUUAUCAGAUGGACUGUCAGUCAGACGGCUCGUGGAGCAGCAGCAGCCUGCCUCUCUGUCAGAUGGUGGAUUGUGGGAGUCCGACGGCAGUUGCCAUGGCCGAUGUGAUGUUUGGUAGUCAUGACAACAGCACCCUCUUUGGAUCGACGAUUCACUACGUCUGCAGGGACGAAGCCUUCCAGCUCAACGCCAGCAACAGUUCCUACAGCUGUGGGCCGACUGGAGAGUGGAUCAGCUCAGAGUCAGGAGCCAGACUGCCCACCUGUCUGCCAGCCUGCGGCCGGACGUCCCGCUCCCUCCCCCCUCAGGUGAAGCGGAUCGUUGGCGGUCGCGGUGCCGAGCCUGGCCUGUUCCCAUGGCAAGUCCUGCUCAGUGUGGAGGAUCUGUCCCGGGUCCCAGAGGACCGCUGGUUCGGGUCCGGGGCCCUGCUGUCCCCAUCUUGGGUCUUGACGGCCGCCCACGUCCUCAGGUCCCAGAGGAGGGACACCAGCGUCGUCCCUGUGGCCCCUGAACACGUCAAGGUGUUCCUGGGUCUCCAUGAUGCUGGAGACAAACGUCUGGCAACCAACCGCUCAGUGGAGGAAAUCUUCCUCCAUCCAGAGUUCCAACCAAACAACUACAACAACGACAUCGCCCUGCUGAGGCUGAAGGAGCGGGUGGAGUUUACUGAGUUCAUCCGUCCAGUCUGUCUGCCUCCGCCUCACAGCCAGGAUGCCCUGCCCUCACCUCUCCCUAACUCUCUGGGUGUAGUUGCUGGUUGGGGAAUUUCCAACAUCAAUGCCUCCUCCCCCUCUGGUGACCCCCCCAUGCUGACCUCUGACCUUGGGAUGACCUCUGAUCUCCUGCAGUACGUGAAGCUGCCGGUGGUUUCUCAGGACGAGUGUCAGGCGAGCUAUACCUCGCGCUCUGUCAGCUACAACAUCACGGACAACAUGUUCUGCGCCGGCUUCUUCGAGGGUGGGCGGGACACCUGCCUGGGGGACAGCGGGGGGGCGUUUGUAAUGGAGGAUGGGGUCAGCCGGAGGUGGGUGGUGUUUGGGUUGGUGUCCUGGGGCGGGCCGGAGGAGUGUGGGAGUCAGAGGGUGUAUGGAGUCUACACCCGAGUGGAGAAGUAUGUGGAGUGGAUACAGAUGCAGCUCCAGGCUGCCCCCUGGUGGUAAGACCAACAUAAUACUGCCCCCUGGUGGUAAGACCAACAUAAUACUGCCCCCUGGUGGUAAGACAGACAUCAUGCUGCCCCCUGGUGGUAAGACAGACAUCAUGCUGCCCCUAGUGGUAAGACCGACAUAAUGCUGCCCCCUGGUGGUAAGACAGACAUCAUGCUGCCCCUGGUGGUAAGAAAGACAUCAUGCUGCCCCCUGGUGGUAAGACCGACAUAAUACUGCCCCCUGGUGGGAAGACAGACAUAAUACUGCCCCCUGGUGGUAAGACAGACAUCAUGCUGCCCCUGGGGGUAAGACCGACAUCAUGCUGCCCCCUGGUGGUAAGACCGACAUAAUACUGACGCCUGGGGGUAAGACAGACAUAAUACUGCCCCCUGGGGCUAAGACCGACAUAAUGCUGCCCCCUGGGGGUAAGACCGACAUAAUGCUGCCCCCUGGUGGUAAGACAGACAUCAUGCUGCCGCUGGUGGUAAGACAGACAUAAUGCUGCCCCCUGGUGGUAAGACAGACAUAAUACUGCCCCCUGGUGGUAAGACCGACAUCAUGCUGCCGCCGCGUGGUAAGACAGACAUCAUGCUGCCCCCUGGUGGUAAGACCGACAUCAUGCUGCCCCCUGGUGGUAAGACAGACAUCAUGCUGCCCCCUGGUGGUAAG